AUGAAGAGUGUAGAAGGAAGUGAAGUUGGUGAUGUGUUCUUCGACUCAUCUGAUGUUUUGUCCGUAGAAGAAACAGAGUUUGGAGUUUGGUCAGGUGAGCCAGUGAGUGUUGAGGAACGUCGUGAGCGUUUUCUCAAGAAAAUGGGUUUAUUGGAAGAGAAGGAAUCGAUGUGUUUGGAGAGGAUAAGCGAUUACAGCGAUGAGGAGGUUACUACUAGUAGCUCUUCAGAGUCAUCGUCUGUUUGUGAAAGCGAAGAAAUGCAAUGUUGUGUUAGAGAGGAUAAUUACGGAUCAAGCACUUCAAUGUCUGAUGAUGAGGACCUUGAAGAAGAAGAAGAAGAAGAAGAAGAUAAUGGUUCAGAAAAUGCUUCUUCGAGUCCAUCGCGGAGGAAGAAGAGUGCGAAGAAAUGGUUGCUCGGAUGCUUCGUUGGAGAAACGGGUAAAGAGUUCGAAUGCAAGUCAAAGGAAGAAGUAGCGAUGAUAAGGAAAGUGAAAGUGAAGAGUAACAAGAAGAGUCAUGUAGAGUUAUCUGCAGCUUACAAGGUACAGGAGAUUAACGGACACAAAGGGAAGAUUUGGUCGUUGAAGUUUAGUCCUGAUGGUAAGUUCUUAGCAACCGGAGGUGAAGAUGGUGUUGUGAAGGUAUGGCGAAUCACACUAUCAGAUUCUCUGUUCGCUUCUUUUAUCAGACAAGAGAGCCAACAAGAAGAAGCUUUGGUUAUGUUCCCACAGAAGGCUUUUCAUUUAGAAGAAACACCACUUCAAGAACUUUGUGGUCAUACCGGAGAUGUCUUGGACUUGGCUUGGUCGUCAGACUCAAAUUUGCUUCUUUCAGCUUCUAAGGACAAGACAGUCCGGUUAUGGAGGAUUGGUUGUGAUGAGUGUCUUCAUGUCUUUCAUCAUAACAACUACGUGACUUGUGUUCAAUUCAAUCCGGUGAACAAGAACAACUUCGUAAGUGGAUCUAUUGAUGGAAAAGCUCGGAUUUGGGGUUUGUCAGAAGAGAGAGUCGUUGCUUGGACCGACGUUCGUGAUUCCAUUUCUGCAAUCUGUUACCAACCUAACGGAAAUGGGUUCGUCGUCGGUUGCAUCACCGGAAACUGCAGGUUUUAUCAAAUCUCAGGAAAUGAUGUGAUAAUGGAGGAGCAGAUUCUUAUCAGAGGGCGAAACAGAAUCACCGGCGUUGAGUUUUGUCCUGGAAGCUCCGAGAAAGUGAUGGUAUCUUCCGACGAUUCGAAGCUCAGGAUCAUUGAUAGAUCUCGAAUCCUUCACAAAUUCAAAGUUUCACCGAAAUUUGGGAAACAAUCGUCGGCGUCGUUUGUUUCUUUCGCCGGAAAACAUAUUUUAUCAGUCCGACGAGGUCACGGGGUCUAUCUAUGGGACAACGGCGGUUUCCGGGGGGAGAAAGGCGCGAAAUCGUCGCGUUCUUUCGAGUAUUUUCACUCGCCGGGUGUUUCCGCCGCCGCGGCUUGGGCUCCGACGGGAAAGGAAAUAUCACUGAGAGCGUUGAGACAGCUACGUAGCUCCGGGAGAUUGUCUAGAUCCUCUCGUGUUACCGCCACGUGGCCGGAGGAGAAGCUUACCUCCGGUGGUAGAAGUUACGGUGAUAGCUUCUCUAUCGGCGGCGAGUGCGAUUUAGCCGGCGCGUGGAGACUGGUGAUCGUGACUGCGAGUUUGGAUGGGAUUAUUAGGACAUUCCAUAAUUAUGGAUUGCCACGUAGAUUAUAG